AUGUCGUCGAUGACAAAGGCAGUGAAAUCGCUGCAACUGACUCCUCAACCCCAAGCAGUGGCAGUGAUGAGAUGUGGAUUGUGUCAAGGAGGGCAUCAUACUGAUCAAUGCUCUAGUCUUCAAGGACCACCAAUCGAGGAUGUGAACUACAUUGGCAACAAUGGCCAAGGGUUUAACCAAGGCAACCAAUACAGCAAUCAGCAGAAUUGGAGGCCUCAGCAAUCGAACUGGAAUCAAAGUGGUCCUAGCAACAACUCGGGGAACCAAUGGAGGACAAACACUCAACCCCCGGGUUAUGAGAAGAAGCCAUCGGUAGAAGAUCAAUUGGGACAGAUACUCUCCUUCAUGACCAAGAGUCAAAAGGAGAAUGAGAGCUUCAAAGAAAGGACGGUAGAGAAGUUUGGUCAGAUGGAGGCUACAUUGAGGAAUCUCGAGACUCAAAUUGGGCAGAUUGCUACAGCAUCUCACACAAGAAUUCCUAAUGCUAUCCCGAGUGAUACGGUGCCCAAUCCUAAAGGUUUUGAACAGUGCAAGGCAGUUAAGUUAAGAAGUGGAAAGGAUCUUGAGUCUCCAAUCAUGCUAGAUGCACAAAAUGGCUCGAACAUCUUGCACGCAGGGGCGGACAAGUUGUUUGGCUCACAAACCUCGCACGCAGGGGCGGACGAGGGGAUUGAGUGGGCUACUACCGAAGCUAGGGAAGGUCAACAAGAAAAAGAAGAGUCAACCAUGAGUGAUAUCCACAAGAAGAAUCCACUAAGUCCGGCAAUGGACCCGAAGUGUCCAUUUAAUUUUUCAGAUUUUAUCCCGCCACCACCUUUCCCAGUCGAGAAUAAGAAGAAGGGUAGGAAAAUAAUUCAAGAGAAAGGACUCGAUUGGAUGAUGAACAUUAUCAGGAAAGUUAAUGUAGAUGUGUCCCUGGUAGAUUUGUUCCUACACUUUCCUAAAUUCUCCAAGUUUUUUAAGGAUCUUAUUGCGAAAAAGGAGAAGAUACAAGACGAUGGUGUGGUGAUAUUGAGCGCAUUUUGCUCACAAUUUGUGAAGGGAAAGAUGCCGGCAAAGAGAAGAGACCCUGGAAGCUGUGUGAUCCCAUGUGAGAUGGGAGAUAAGGAGUUCCCAAAGUGCCUACUUGAUCAAGGCUCGGGAAUAUCAUUGAUGGCUCUGAAAACCGCACGGUCAAUCGGUCUAGAAGCGAGGAUUGAACCAAUCGACAUUGACCUACAAUUGGCGGAUCAUUCAAUUGUGAAACCAAAAGGUAUCAUCGAGGAUGUCUUGGUGAAGGUUGAUAGAUUUGUACUCCCGGUUGACUUCAUUGUCCUAGAGAUGGAAGAGGACAAGGAUAUGCCUAUCCUAUUUGGUAGGCCAUUUUUAGCAACCGGUGAUGUUGUGAUAGAGACCAAGACAAAUACGGUCAUGUUUCGAGUAGAUGGAGAGAAUGUGGUGAUCAAGCAAGAGAAGGCGGGGAAGCGCCUAUUGGAGCCUGGAUAG